UUAUCCUGUUUGCAGGAGUUGCUCAUUAGAGAAUUCUCUUUUCACAAAUUGAAUGCUAAUUUGCUCUGGCCAGGGACAUUUGCAUUUGCAGAAUGGUUAGUUCAGAACAGGCCAUUGGUUGAAGGGCGGCAUUGCAUUGAAUUGGGCAGUGGCACUGGAGCUUUGGCCAUUUUUCUUCAUAAAUCAUUCCAUCUUGACAUCACAACAUCAGACUAUAAUGAUCAGGAAAUUGAAGAAAACAUAGCUCACAAUUGCAGAGUGAAUGGAGUCACACCAGUCCUUCCUCACAUUAGGCAUUCUUGGGGAGACACCUUUCCAGCUGCUGAUCUUGACUGGGAUCUGGUUAUAGCUAGUGAUAUUUUACUGUAUGUGAAACAGUAUCCAAACUUGAUAAAAACACUUUCCUUUCUCCUCAAUUCUUACAAGCUGAAAAAUGACAGAGCAGGCUCUAUCGUGGAAAAUGAGCAGAAUGGAGGAGCACAUAAUAUCGGGUUGCCUAGGCCAGCUUUUUUAAUGAGUUGGAGACGUAGAAUUGGCAAGGAGGACGAAUCUCUCUUCUUUGAUGGUUGUGAGAGCGCCGGGUUACAAGUGGAGCAUCUCGGAUCCCGUGUUUACUGUAUCACACCCAAAGAUCAAGUGUCAGGAUACCAAAUAGAGUUAACCAGGUGAAUUACCCGCCCGAUGCCGCAGGUAUAACAGGAUAUUUAAGAGUUUGAAACACAAAAACAUUGAAAGCAUUUGAUAUUUAAUGGAGCAACCACAUGGCGAUGGCGAGCUGAUUGGUUUUACUUUUGCAUCAACGCAUGUUAAUCAUGGUGGGUUGCUUAAACUAACAAUAAAAAAUAAAACUAUCAUUUAGUCUGCAUAGUAAACAAAUUUGAAGGGUGUUCAUUUUGUGUCAUUGCGAUAUGCAAUAAUCAUUAGUUACCUGUAAUGAAAAAUGCUAAUGGAUAUCUUUGGAUCCUGAUGUUGACUAAUCUGAUCAUGCUUUAUGUUGUCCAA